AUGGAGCAGGUCACGGAAGGGAUCGCCCCAACUAUCGGUAACCGCAGAGUAGAAACGGCUUGUCCUCGCACUGAUGGUGUUUCGUCGAAUGCACCAACUGGGUUGGCGGACAUGACCGAGAGUGGGACAGAGGCGGCACCCAAAGAGAGCCUUACCGGAACCGAGACAUCGGGUCAAAUUGGGUCAGAAAGCGUGGUGGCACCAUUAGGUGCAGCGGCGGUGUUUGUGGAGCCGCCUAAACCAGUGUCGAGACUGUUGCUGCUACCAUCCACACUGCUCACCUCCAACAAUGCCUCCACUGUACGUUCGUCUGACUCAGAAGCGGAAUCAUCUCCGUUCAGGAAUGAUGUAUAUUGUUAA